AUGGAUGUAAUUGCCAUGGUCAUUAUGGAUGUAAUGGCCAUGGUCAUUAUGGAUGUAAUUGCCAUGUUUGAGAGUGCAGCAUUUCCUGGCAUGGUUGCAGUUACAUGUACCAUUGAUCUUGCCAAUCUCUACAUAUUUGUAACUACCCCAGAAAAUGUUACCGACACAUUUGGAUUUUCUUUUGGCAGAUUUUUGGGUGGUGUUGAUAUAGUUCCAAUACUGGAGAAGUUGGGAGCAGGAGAGAACAUUUUGUCUCACUUGCAGAACAGCAAUGCAGGUUAUUAUGCUAUUGCCUAUGCUAUGUACAAAAUUGCAACACCUGCAAGAUAUACUAUAACAAUAGGUGGAACAACACUAGCAAUCAAUUACUUGAAGAAGCGUGGUUACAUAAAGCCUGUGCCUUCGUCUGAGAAGCUCAAGGAGAUGUAUGAAGGUAAAAAGGAGGAAUUCAUUGAAAAGAAAGAGGAAAUGGUAGGGAAGUAUCAGGAGAAAAAGGGUGAGCUAGUUGACAAGUAUCAAGAGAGACGAGAGGAAAUGGUUGAGAUGUAUCAAGGAAAGAAAAGUGAAAUGGUACAAAGAGUAUCAGAUAAGAGGGAUGAAAUUAAGGAAAAGGUGUCAGUGAAAAGGGAAGAGUUGAGAGAUAAAAUGCUGGAACAGAAAGAGAAACUUGAUAAUAUAAGGGAUAGUAUGAGGAAACGAAGCUUUGGUCUUGAGGGCUCGUGCAGUGAAGAUGAUCUUCAAGAGGAAGAAUAAAAUAGCAAUACCCACUCAUCUCUAUAGAUCCAUAUAAAUCACACUGUGGCUGGCUGUCUCAUUAAUGAGUAAUUUUCAAUAAUAUAAUGGAAAUGCUGUUAAGUAAGCACUGUUUUCAUUAUUGUUCUGUAUGUAAAAGAGUUAGUCUUCAUAUUGAAAUAUUUUCAUUUAUCUUUAACAGUACUGAUAAUGUCUAAGAGUGUGUAGUGUUAAGCAUAUUACUCCCUGAGGACACUUUAGUCCGCUCCUUAUCUUAUUUUUCUAGAGAACAUACUAGUAAAUCCAACAUUCUUAGACAAAUAUUUAUUGGUUAUGUCUUGUACUGACAUUCAGAUUAGUAUCCAGUUACUUUUGGAGCAAUUAUUAGGUACUGUUUUAAAUGUAUGUUUUAUAUGAAUCAGUUUGUAUAAAAUAUAUAAAAUAUAUCAUGCCUUGUUCAUAUCAGUACCUAUUCACUUUUCUGAGCCCUGGUAAGGUCCAAUUUGAGAUUUUCAUUCGGUGUUAGUUCCACUUCACCGCUCAUAUGUCAGCGUUCGCUUGUUGUAGUCAGCAUCAUCUGCCCCGUGACUCUCCACAGGUUGUGCAAAGGUGAAGCAAACUACUUGCCUAUGGUGGCAAUAAAGGUUUUCCAAGAGGGAGCAGUUUUCUCUCUGUUCCUUUCUAGGGGCAUUCCAUGGAUUCCUUGGUGGUGGCAAGCCCUGAGCUCUUUCUGGGACUAGGUAGGAUAACUUAAUUAGACAUCACACACAGAACAAACAAUUGGCAGCCAAACUUACAACUCUUCUGGCCACUUGCACAAAUUUUGGGUAUUAUUGUCAAAGCACAUUCAUCACUACAAGAAUGUUCACUUUACAUGAAUGAUCAGGAUCACAACAAGGAUUCCGAGAAGGCCUUGUUUCCCAUAUUUUUUUUAUUAUCUGUUGUGGGGUUUUCAAGCUGCCUUUGUUUUAAUGCCAUUUAGGAAUGGCUGUGGCUCAUUCUCUUUUCUCCUCAUUGACUUGAUGGAUCAUUGCCUGCUCUCUUCUGAACUUUAACUGACCCUAUUUCUCAACAUAGAGCAAGCCUCUGAUGUGUAACCCUCCAUCAUUUUAACUCCAAGAAUGCACUCUCCAUCUCUCUUUACCUCCAUAACAAUCCAGAAGUACAUUCCAUUUUCAACAUCCUGAAGCUCCUUUCCAGUUGUUACUAGCAGAAAACCAGGAUCCCAAGUUUGCUGGGAAAAAGGAGGGGGUUUCAGGUUAGUGGCACUGCAAACCAUCUCUAUGCAGGCAUGGAAGACUUGCUAGUAGUUUAGGAGCUUUACAUGUGCUUGAAAAAAAACAGGUGUUAUAAGCAUUAAUAUUUUUACUGCUCAUGAGGCUGGUAUCUAAAUGAGAGGAGAAUGAAAUUAAUCUCAUAGCGUACCUUCCCUUCAGUGCGGUCAGGAGGCAGUAUAUCUAAUAAUUUCACUGGAUGCCAAACAUUAUAAGCUGAGGUGGUGUGAUAGUCUAGAGCGGUGGUUCCCAAACUUUUGCAGGCUGCCAUGCUCUUGGCUUCCAGGCUACAUCCCUAGUGCGUCCCCCCCACGCACACACACACGAACACCCCUUUCUUGGUAUUAGGUUUACUGCAGAUUCAAAACAGGCGUAUUUAUUUAAUAAAUAAAAAUAAACAUAGUGAAUCACUUCAUUUAACAAUGUGAAAGGGUAAAUUUACAUCUCAUCUCUAACUAUACAGUUGUUUAGCAAAGGAGUUGCAGAAGACUCCUUGUACCAAGAUAACAAGUCCUGGGAGGGUUCACAGUUUUAGCCAUACUUAAUAUGUUGUCUGGUUCCCAAAGAGUUCUGAGUUUUAAUUAUCAAAAUUGAUGGAAUGACAACAAGUGAGCAUUUUCAUACAAGUACAGUAAUUGUGAAUGAUUAACACAGCACAAUAGCAAGCUAAAACCUACUAGGACUUGAAGAGGGAAGUAAAGUAUUAACAUGAGUGAUGUAUGACAUUACAGGUGGGCCUCUCGAAAAAAAUAUAUAGUAAUAGCUUAAAAAAGUCUAUUUAUACAUAUAUUACUAUUUAUUAAAUUUUAAAAUUUGUUUAAUACUAAUAAUUUUUGAUAUGCUAUGUUAUACUUUAGCCUCGAAUAGCCCAUGGUGGCUUCUAUACAGAGCCGAAGUUGCUUUUUGAUGCAGACAACUUAUGACUUCUUUUUCAGUCAUAAUUUUACAUACAGUAUCACAGUAUUUAAUAAGUUUGUUUUGUAGGGCACAUCCUUUGCAGUAUAAAUAAUGUUAUCACGUUUGUAUUUGAGUGUGCUAUACAAAUUGAUAUUUUUAAUUAAUCUUUCAUUUGGCCUUCCUACUGACCCCUCUUGAGCCAUUAUAGAUUUACAUCACAUCAGCAAAAAUUUAGAGAGCCUUGUUUGACAAUUAAAACAAAUGGCUGUAACAGCCUAACAAAUUAUCUAAUAAUUUAUUAAUUAUUUUCAUAUAGUCGGACUUGAGUCCUGGAAAUGGGAAGUACAAUGCCUGCACUUUAAAGGAGGGGUUUGGGAUAUUGGCAGUUUGGAGGGAUAUGUUGUGUAUCUUUAUACGUAUAUGCUUCUAAACUGUUGUAUUCUGAGCACCUCUGCAAAAGCAGUGAUAAUGUGUGAGUGUGGUGAAAGUGUUGAAUGAUGAUGAAAGUAUUUUCUUUUUGGGGAUUUUCUUUCUUUUUUGGGUCACCCUGCCUCGGUGGAAGACGGCCGACUUGUUGAAAAAAAAAAAAAUGUAGUCUUAUUAAAAUAUCCAGGGGGUUUAAAAUUCAGAGCACUUUUAUUACAGUGUCAAUGAAUGCCAGUAAUAUGUCAAAUGGUAGAAAAAGCAUAAGAGAGAGGACAAGCAUGUUGAGUUUUACUCAACUAUUUUGUAUGUAUUCAAAAUCAUAACAUGUGGCUCAUUGUAGAGAGGGAGGGAGGGACGAGGGGCUCUGGUUUUAAGGAAUUGGACCUGUGCUCCAGUUCCUUGAAUUAAGCCUGAAUGCUUUGUUUCCCCAGGCACUGUAUGACCCCCUACAGGUUUAGCACUUCCCCAUGAAAUAAAAUAUAGAGGGAAUUUACUCUCUCACUCUUACCCCCAUCUAGCUCUCUCAUCAUCUCAUCUCUUCAGCUUCUCUUAUCUCUCCUUUACAAUGGCAAGGUCCUGGGUUUGACUCAGUGGCAUAGAGGAACUUUUGAGCAAGUUUCCUUAGCACCACUGCUGCCUCUGCUCGCCAAGCAGUUUAAAUAAGUACGUACUGUGUGUUAGCCGACAGUUGUGGGUUUCAUUCAAAAGAAAAAAUGUGUUAGAAAACUCAGCCCUGUUGGAAUGUCACAUCCUGUGUAGACCCUUGUCGGUUUAGCGCUUUCUCUGAUUGUAAUAAUAAUAUCCUGUGUAAAUAAAACACUCAAGUCCUUCUAGAAACAUUGCUAGUGCUACUGCUACCAGCAGCACUACUAGUAUGACUUCUAGUACUGUACUAAUAAUACAGGUCUCCCUCAACAUUCACGUUUUCAGCUUUCGCGGGCUUCACACAUUCGCGAAUUCCCAACCGCCAAAUUCCCAGCCACCAAAUUCCCAGCCGCCAAAUCAUAUUCAAGUUUCCCGCCACCUGCGAGUCCCUACUACCCUCCCACCGACCCCCGCAACUAGCAGCCAGCCCUCCCACCACUCAGUGUGGUGAGUGUUUUGUUUGUUCAUUAUUUGCUAUUAAACUACAGUAUAAAUAAUGUAAACCCAUUCAUGACUGCAUAUUGGAAUGGCUGUUCGGACAGGUAUUAGACGGUGACAUCAUGUGUUUACUCUUGAACACAGCAAAGAAUCAAACAUUUCUGCUACUGCUAAUAAUAACAAUAGUAAUAAUAAUAAUAAUAAUAAUAAUAAUAAUAAAUACGAUAUAAUUGAAGGAAGUUGUACAAAAAUACGAGGGAGUGGUUGACACAUCGUCAGUGUGGCUAAUAAUAACAAUAGUAAUAAUAAUAAUAAUAAAUACGAUAUAAUUGAAGGAAGUUGUACAAAAAUACGAGGGAGUGGUUGACACAUCGUCAGUGUGGCUUUGUUUGUGCUGGAGUGAGCAUUAGUCUCCGUGCUCUUACAAACAUUUCACAAUAAUUCAGCAGUUGAGGCAGCGAUUGAGGCAGCUGUUGAGGCAGCUGUUGAGGCAGCUGUUGAGGCAGCGAUUGAGGCAGUGGUUGAGGCAGCGAUUGAGGCAGUGGGUGAGGCAGCUGUUGAGGCAGCGAUUGAGGCAGUGGUUGAGGCAGCUGUUGAGGCAGUGAUUGAGGCAGCUGUUGAGGCAGCUGUUGAGGCAGUGAUUGAGGCAGCUGUUGAGGCAGCUGUUGAGGCAGCUGUUGAGGCAGCUGUUGAGGCAGCGAUUGAGGCAGUGGGUGAGGCAGCUGUUGAGGCAGCAAUUGAGGCAGUGGGUGAGGCAGGUGUUGAGGCAGCGAUUGAGGCAGUGGGUGAGGCAGCUGUUGAGGAAGCAAUCAAGGCAGUGGUUGAGGCAGCUGUUGAGGCAGCGAUUGAGGCAGUGGUUGAGGCAGCUGUUGAGGCAGCGAUUGAGGCAGUGGGUGAGGCAGCUGUUGAGGCAGCUGUUGAGGCAGCAAUUGAGGCAGCUGUUGAGGCAGCGGUUGAGGCAGUGGUAUUUAAUAACAUACAUGUUGUUAAUAAUAAUACAUUCACGGUUUUUCAACAUUCGCGAGGCUCUUGAUCCCCUAACCCUCGCGAAUGUUGAGGGAGACCUGUACUGCUAUUACUAUUGCUGCUAAUACUACUAGUACCAGUACCACUGCUGCUGCUACUACUACUACUACAAGUAAUAACAGCACUACAGUGGUACCUCGGGAUACGAACUUAAUUCGUUCCAGAAUGCUGUUCGAGUGCCAAUGCUGAACGAAUUUGUUCCCAUAAGGAAUCAUGUAAAUUAGAUUAAUCCAUUUCAGACCCCCAAAAAUACACUUACAAAAGCACUUACAUAAAUACACUUGCAUAAUUGUUUGAGUUUUGAGCCGUUUGUAUCCCGAGGUACUACUGUAUGUACUAGUACUAUUAUGGUACUAAUACUGUACUGUCACUGACACUGGUACACCCUCCAUCCGACUUAUGACCAAGUUCGGUUCCGAGAAACCGGUCGUAAGUCGAAAUGGUCGUAAGUCGAACUUUACUAUUGAAUAUCAACAAAACAUUUUAGUAAUGACUUUAUUUUAUUGUUUUAUUUUGGUAUUUCAUGUUUUACUUUGCUUUUUAUGUUGUUAGUACUGUAUUUUAUACUGUAAGGUUUAGGAUAAACACUGUGUACAACACAAAUAGUUGUUUAUUUCCCAGAAAAUUGGCAUAAAAAACACGGUCGUAAGUCGAGUGGUCGUAAGUCGAGCAGGUCAUAAGUCGGAUGGUAAGUGUACUACUAUUGCUGCUACUGGUACUGGUACUAGUACUAGUAUACUAGGGAAAAGUUUUGAAUAGUAUGUGAGAUUUUUAGUAGGCAUUUCCAGUUACUUUAAAAAAGAAAAAAAAUGUGAGAUUUCCCUCUGUACAGUGUGAUAAUAAUAAUAUUUUCUUUUUUCAACAAACCAGCCAUAUCCCAAGGCAGGGUGGCCCAAAAAGAAAAACGAAAGUUUUUCUUUUUAAAUUUAGUAAUUUGUACAGGAGAAGGUGUUACCAGCCUCUUGCUCCCGGCAUUUUAGUUGCUUCUUACAACACGCAUGGCUUACGGAGGAAGAAUCCUGUUCCACUUCCCCAUGGAGAUAAGAGGAAAUAACUAGAACUAGAAAGAAAAUAGAAGAAAACCCAGAGGGGUGUGUAUAUAUAUGCUUGUACAUGUAUGUGUAGUGUGACCUAAGUGUAAGUAGAAGUAGCAAGACGUACCUGAAAUCUUGCAUGUUUAUGAGACAGAAAAAAGACACCAACAAUCCUACCAUCAUGUAAAACAAUUACAGGCUUUUGUUUUACACUCACUUGUCAGGACGGUAGUACCUCCCUGGGCGGUUGCUGUCUACCAAUCUACUACCUGAAAUAAUAACUAUGAACCAGAAUUUAACACAUGUAAAUCAUUACCUUCAAAUACCCUUCAAAAAUUUCUUCCUUAUUAUUGUCAGUAUGGAUCUUUUGGAGUGAUACUAGAUCAUUUUUUUUUUUAAUUAACUUUAUAUUCUUAAGAUUAAAAUUGUUUAUUAAACCCUCUAGGUAUAAUGGACUUAAAUGUAAUGGACUUUUAAAAUUAAAAGAAUUCACUGGGUAAAAUGUACUUGUAACUGUGAGACUGGUUGAUGGAACAAGUCAAGUCAAAACGUCA